CGCAGUGCGUCUAAUCUCCGCGACGCGCCAGGAAAUGUCAACUGCCCUCCUAGCCGCUUACCAUGUCGCCUUUUCCAGGAUCUCCAGACAAAACCAGGGACUCAUUACUCCAGAAGCUUGCGCUGAAGCCGUGGGUUCGAGAUAAGGCGCCCCGCUUGAUCCUGCGGAACGCGAAGAUCGUAGACCCUGCCGAGGGCACCCUCCUGACAGGUCUCCACGAUGUAGUCGCUGAAGACGGGUUAAUCAUUUCUAUGUGCCCGAGCAUUGCGGAACAUGGGGCGAAGCUAGACAUUGCGGACGCAAACCCCAAGGAUCCCAAGCCCUUCAUUGUCAACCUCUCCGGCAAUUAUCUAUGCCCUGGCUUGAUCGACUGCCAUGUACAUGUCACUGCCGUGCCGGGGGUCAAGACUAUGUCAGAACUCGUCCAAACAUCUGAAGAGCUGAUCCAUCUCCGGACGACGUAUGUUUUGCGGGAGAUGCUCCUGCGCGGCUUUACGACAGUCAGAGACACGGGCGGCGCGAGCAAAUCUCUCGCUGGCGCAAUUUCGGAGGGCCUCAUAGCGGGUCCGCGCCUCUUCCAGUGCGGCAAAGCCCUUUCACAAACAGGCGGACAUGCCGACUUUGGCCCUGCUAAUUCGAGCACUGGAUGCUGCGGAGGUCAUACUCAGUCUCUCGGACGCACGUGCGACGGCGUCCCUCAGGUUUUGAAGGCUACGCGAGAGGAGCUCAAGGGCGGCGCGGACUUCAUCAAGGUUAUGUGUGGCGGCGGCGUCGCUUCACCCACGGAUGCAAUUGAGACAGUGCAAUUCACGGCUGAAGAGAUAAGAGCCAUUACGACGACGUGCACGCAAAUGGGAAACAAACACACGACCGCUCACGCAUAUACCGAUGCCUCCGUCUUACAUGCAAUCGAGAACGGUGUUCGUGGCAUCGAGCAUGGUAAUCUGAUUAGUGCCACUACGGCAAAGCUUAUGGCGGAGAAAGGUGUUUUCCUUACCCCCACGCUCGCCUGUUACGGGAUUAUGGUUCGACCCCCGUUCGAAGAAUUCCUCCCGCCCGAGGGCAAGGUCAAGAAUGCGCAGGUCAUGGAGCGCGGCCUAGACGCGCUGAAGGUCGCGGACGAGGCGGGGGUGACUAUAUGCUACGGUUCGGACUUGUUGACGUCCAUGCAUGCGCUGCAGACGGAAGAGUUCACAGUUCGCAGCUCGGUACUUUGCUCGCGCAAGGUCCUGCAGCACGCCACCACAAACGCGGCGCGCAUGCUCGGAGAUGCCAAGCUCGGGAGAAUCGCUGUGGGAUGCUACGCCGACCUUCUCGUCCUCGACGCAGACCCGUUGGACGACGUCACCGUGCUCGACUACCCGGAGAAGCAUCUGUUCGCCGUGAUACAGGGCGGGCGCGUCGUAAGUAGCCGUGUCGAUGAGCUGCCCGUGGAAAACCGCUUUUGAAGGGGCGCGGCACAACGAACGAGUGUCUGGACUUCCCCAUGGUAGUUAGCGGGAACGCCACAGGUCGCAGGAUCAAACGUAUGAAGACGUACGGUAUAGCGAAGGUCGUGCUACUAUAAUCAAGGUGUACAUUGCGAAAUACGAUUGAUAGUGUG